AUGCAAUGUAUACCUGUCGUUCCCUUAUCUAUUACUGCUUUUGAGGAAUUCGGUUCAAUUGUGUCUCCAGAUGAAGAAGUCAGAAGGCUUGACUCAUCUCAAAAGAAUGCCAACCAGGGAACUGCCAUUAAGCUAUUACAAGUCAGCCAUAUAGAGAACCAGUUCCCUCAGAGUUUAAAAGUCAAGAAUCCAAGUUGUAACCUAUUCCGGUGCUUUCCCAAAGGCGCUCUACAGAAAAGAUUCGCUUUAGUUGAUUCCGACGGUUCUUUAAAAAAGUAUCAGCAUGAAAUCAAAGUUCUAGAGAAACAUCCGUUCUCUACUCAAACUUUCAUUCCCAUGGGCAGAGAUAUCAAAAGCGGAUAUGCUUAUCUUGUGGUGACCGCAUUACCCGACAAAAACGGUGAACCUGAUUUACUUACACUACAAGCAUUUUUAUGUAAAUCAAACCAAGCUGUUACUUACGGUGCUGGAGUCUGGCAUGCCCCCAUGAUAGUGGUUGGUGAAGAAGAGUACCUCGACUUUACAGUAAUAAUAAAUGAGUUACACGACCAUAAUCAGCUUCAGUAUGAUUUAGAAGAGCGUUUCUACGAUAGUCAACUGUCCUUGAAUCUGUACUACUGA